GGCCGGCGCCCCGUGGUCGGCCAACCACCGCACGGCUCUCCUGGCGGUGUUUACGGCAGCCACAUGGUGCUCGCGGAGGCUGGCGACGCACGCUAAACCCUGCCGCUUUGUGUACAGUGUUGGGAGCCGAGACGUGACCCCUGACCCUUGACCUGCCCCAGUGCGUGGGGCGCCGGGGCGACGAAGAUGCAGCUUUUUGUGUUGUUUGAGCAUGCGUCGGGGUAUGGGCUGUUCAGCGUGCAGCAGUUUGAGGAGGUGGGGGCCUUCCUGCCUCAGGUGGAAGAGGCGGUAUGUCAGGCAGCAAAGUUCCAACAGGUGGUGAAGCUGGCGGGCUUCAGGGCCUUCACCUCAGCUGCCCAGGCACUCGAAAACAUGAAUGCUGUGUCAGAGGGGUUGCUGACAGAGGAGCUGAAGGCCUUUCUGGAGACCAACUUGCCCAAGAAGAAAGGCAAGGCGCAACUCGGUGUGACUGACCCCAAGCUGGGCGCUGCCAUCAAUGAGGCACUCACCAUUGGAGUGACCCAUGUUGGAGUGGUACCUGAGGUUUUGCGAGGCAUCCGUACACACCUGUCCCACUUUGUGAAGGGGCUAAGUCUGGCCUCCAUGAAGCAGACAGAGCUGGGUCUAGGCCACUCUUACUCACGCGGCAAAGUGAAGUUCAACAUUAACCGUGUUGACAAUAUGAUCAUCCAAAGCAUUGCCCUCAUCGACCAGCUGGACAAGGAUAUCAACACCUUUGCCAUGAGAAUUAAGGAGUGGUACUCAUACCACUUUCCAGAGCUGGCAAAGGUGGUUACAGACAACUACCAGUACAGUCGGUGCGCUCACUUCAUUAAGGACCGCAAGACCCUUAGUGAGGAGUCCCUGGCCCCGCUGGAGGAGAUCACCAUGGACUCGGCAGUGGCGCAGGCCAUCCUCGAUGCCGCCAGGAUGUCAAUGGGCAUGGACAUUUCCACCAUCGACCUCAUGAACAUUGAGAGGUUUGCUAAACGUGUCUCCAGUCUAUCUGAAUACCGUAAGCAGCUGGCACAAUACCUCAAGAAGAAGAUGGACUCUGUGGCGCCCAACCUUGCAGUGCUGAUUGGUGAGGUGGUUGGGGCUAGACUAAUCUCCCAUGCUGGCUCCCUUACCAACCUGGCCAAGUACCCGGCUUCCACUGUACAGAUCCUUGGGGCAGAGAAGGCUUUGUUCCGUGCCAUAAAGACACGCUCCAACACCCCAAAGUACGGCCUUAUCUACCACUCUACUUUUAUUGGCCGGGCAGGUACUGCCAACAAGGGCCGUAUCUCCCGCUACCUGGCCAACAAGUGCUCCAUGGCCUCGCGUAUUGACUGCUUUUCAGAGAGCCUGUCAACAGUGUUUGGGGAGAGGCUGAAGGACCAGGUGGAGGAGAGGCUCAAGUUCUAUGAAACCGGUGAUGUGCCGCGCAAGAACGCUGAGGUGAUGAAGGAGGCUCUGGAGGAACACAAUGCUCAGGUCAAGAUGGAGAAGAAGAGCAAGAAGAGGAAGCUGGAUGAGACUGUCAAUGGCAGUGAUGAAGCAGCAGAGACUCCCAAAAAGAAGAAAAAGAAGGAAAAGAAAGCUCAAGCAGAGGCUGCAGCAGCAGAGCCUAACGAAGAACCUGCUGCAGUUAAUGAAGAACCUGUUGAGAAUGCUGAUGGUUCUGUAAAAAAGAAGAAAAAGAAGAAGCAGCAGCAGCAGGUUGAGGAGGCAGGCGCUGUAGACCUGAAUGGGGAUGACACAGCUGCGGCAGUGGAACCAACCAAGAAAAAGAAGAAAAAGAAAGCAAUCCAGGCAGAGGAGAGUGUCAUGGAUGUCACCGCUGAGGCGUCACCAAAGAAGAAGAAAAAGAUGUCUUUAAAUGGUGAGGCAGCAGAAGUAACAGCAGCAGCAGCAGAAGAAACACCCAAGACUAAGAAAAAGAAAAAGAAGCAGGUAGCAGAACAAGCAGUUGACACAAAUGCAGAAACAGUAUUACCUAAAAAGAAGAAAAAGAAGCAGUCAUUGGAAGGAAACUGAUAAAAGAUACUUUCAUAAUAACUGUUAACAAAUUCAUGUUUUCUAUAACAUUUGUCUUGAUGAUGUAUGGUCAGAUUUACAUAAGAUCUCUAAAUUUUUACUAUUUCUGUUUAAUCACCAUAAGUUAUGUAUAUUCAGAGAUUAAUUCCAGGGAUGAAAAGGUAGCUUAUUGAAUAUAUCACUCCACCCUUAUUGUGAAUGUGAUUGCCUUCUUAAAUGUGAUAAUGGUGGGAACAUUUGAAGGGUAAUAAUAUUUUUACAGUUCAAGACCAGAAACUUCAAAUUGCACCCCUUUAUGGCUUCCAAGCCACUGACUAACCUCUGAUUGGGUGUGGGGUUAUCAGUGUCAGUGUACUGUCAUGCUUAGCACCAGGGUUUGGGGUCAAUACUUGAAUGGUGUGUGUAUGAGGAGUUGGGUAAAGAAUAAUACAAGAAAUGGAAUUAUCUUCCCCAUUUCUCUCCUAUGCAUCAGACAUGGAUGUGGAAUAUAUGCACAUCAGUAAUGAAUUUGUGUGCUGGGAUAAGUUAUUGAAGAGGACUAUGUGGUGGUAACAAGUGCCAACUCAGAAUCAUGAGAUAUUGCUUGAAUGACUCAAACCAGUGAUUAUUCUGAUACUGAAUUGAGGCCUAUUACCUGCAUAGUCUGUGAACACCAACUCUGGCUAUACGGGCAUGUGGCACAGUACCCAAAGGUCAAUUCUACUUAUCAGGUUGUUUCUAUAAUAGACGAUCCUGAGUGGAUGAGGCCAAGGGGACUUUCAUAGACAUAAAAAACUGAUAUUGGUGACCAUUGGUCCAUCAGCUUAUUAGUUGUUAAAAAGCUGUGGUGUAGGAAUUGGCAUUUGACUGUCAAUCAAUGUUAUAGGGACUGAAGGAAAAAAAUUGUCAUUGUAUUUAAUGAAUAAAAGGUGAGGUGAUACAAAUCACAAAAAUAUGAA